UGCAUGCAUGCAUGUAAAUCGAAAUUUUUCAAAAAAAGUUGUGAUUUUUUGUUAAUAAUUAUAUUAUGUUUUAAAAAUGUCCUCACGGGAUAUUCCCGUUGCACCAAACCCAGAGGUGCAACCCUUGCUACGACAGUUCUGCCUAUCACUAGUAGACACGUUCGAAAAGCUGAAAAAAAUCACCACUACCGAGCGCGCCAAUGUGGACAAAACACUCUCGAAAGCUGCCCGGCUAGAGUUAAUCUCAACGGCCGACCCAGCCGAUACCCCUUUCACGGUGGAAGCAAUCGACGACAUCAAAACGGAGUGCGUGUACGAAAUCAACCAGCGGCUGAUUAAGUCGGGGAAAAUUGUCGAGGACCUGGUGGAGAGUCAACGUCUAAUUUUUGAUCACUACCAUAGCUUACGCCUUAGCUGCCGGAAUCUGGAUUGGAGUGAAAGCACCGAUGAACCUAUGGUUCUGGGAACGCCUCGUCAGAAACCACUCGAUUACUACCUCCAAGAGGGAUAUCGAUUGGCGUACCAGCUUAAUGGGCUGAUUACUCGUAUUCGGGUAAUCUACCAAGCUGUUGACAUAGAUUCGGUGCCCUCCAUUAUGCGGUUUCGAGACUGUCUCAAGGUACCGGAGGAGCUGGACCAGUACCUGAGCGAGGUGCUUUGCUAUGUUCAGUUUAUUAUUAAAUGACAUUUGUUGGGAAAGUUGCUCAAGCCUUAAAAAUGAUUUUAAAUCAACUGAAGAAGUCCCACUUAAAUUGUAUCCAUUCUUGUUAAACGAGCAGCUGCACUCAGCUUUGGAAUUAAUAUCAUUAUCUACCAUUCUGUAUAUUGAUAGUUUUUCACAUGAAAAAUAGUUUAACUCUUAAUCAUUCAACUAUCUUAGGAAUGGAUCAAUCAAUUUUGUGAAAUUAAAAUUUGGAAUGUAAAAAUUCACCAGACGGAUGUUCUGUGGACUUGUCAUCAAAAACUGAGAAAAAAAAACAGCACCUAUUCAGCUACCAUCAAAUAUAUCUCCAAAAAUCUAUAUUGCAUCCCUUUUUUCGCUAACGGCUAACAACAUUCAACUUAUCCGUCACAGUUUUUAUUUGUUUGUUUGUUUAAUAGUUGUCUAUUAAUGCUCUAUAGUUACAUAUCUAUCUUCCGAGUACUGUACCGAAAGAACUCAACACAAUUCUACGCACCAACCUCGCUCCUGAUUGUUUUGUUUGUUGUUUUUUUUUUUUUCAAUAAUAAAUUGUUUAAACUUUCUCAAACUCCGUCCUAUCAGUAAUUUGUUUCCUUUUAUCAAUUAUUAUCAUAAUAACUAAACGCAACCUGUCUGUGGUGGUACCGUUGCAUUACUUCUGCUUUAGAAUGUUUUGUUAAUAAACUCUUAUACACACAAAUCGUUCACAUGCAGUUAUUGUAUCACUGUAGAAUGCUUCCCUCUGACAAAAAAAUCCUGGGAACCGAACAACGCAACAAGUAGGAAUACAGUGGUUUUUAACUUUUGUUUUGAUUUGUUUAAAAAAAGGAAACCCAAAACGAAACUUGGAAAGCUAUUCGAUAUCCUAGAGAAGUUGAUCGAUGGUUUUAAAAUAAACACUAAAUAGAAAUGAAAAAA